AUUCAUUAUUAAUUUAGGUGAAGAUACAAAAAAUAAAAUAACGCAAACAUUCCUUUUUAAUUCUCUGAUCUAUCUACACUUAGCCGCCCUCUUUGAAUAAUUAAUUGGUUCCUUACUAUAAACUUGACCAAUGUUUUUCUACUCAUAUACUACUUCAUCCAUAUCUGUUGUCGAUAAUCUUAAAUUUUUCCGAUUAUUUCUUCAAUGGCAAAAGUUAUAUCUUUGAUGUUUCUCUCUCUCCUCAUAUCCAUGCUAAGUGCUAUUCAUGCCGAAAAUUCCGGCAAUUCAUUGCCAUUUUUGAAAACCAAAGUCAUCGGAGCACACCUAAAGCUGACGCAGCUGCACUUCUACGUCCAAGACAUCGCCGGUGGGGCGAACCACACGGUGUACGAGGUUGCCCAGGCCUCGAUAACCGCGAACUCCGCCUCGAGAUUCGGUCAGGUCAAGGUGAUGGACCACCUGAUCACGGCCGAGCCUGACCAGGGGUCGGCCGUGGUCGGGCGAGUGCAGGGGCUCAUAACCUCCUCGGAUUUGGGGGUUAUGGGCUUCGCCACCAACCUCAACUUCUACUUCACCGUGGGAAAGUAUAACGGGAGCACCAUCAGCAUCGUGGGGCGGAAUGAGAUCGGUCAGGCGAUGCGGGAGCUGCCCGUGGUCGGUGGGACCGGCCUCUUCCGCUUCGCCACCGGGUAUUCUGUAAGCUCGACUUACUCUUACGAUGCGGCGACUAGCCAUACGGUUAUCGAGUACACGUUUUAUGUGAAAUCGGCUAGCGCGAGGUUGAAGAAUAUUGAACAAGAGCUUGUGUAAUUGCUUUAUUUUCUUUUGUUUUGUCUUGUCUUGUUACGGUAAUAAAAUGCUAUAUUGUGGCGGUUUCAAACGUGACA